CGUACACACACACACACACACACACACACACACACUCACUCACUCACACCGACCCCGUGUAGCAGAACACACACACACGCACACACGGGGUAGGGGGGAAACAUGCAGCAUCAGGACGGAGCUUUCUGAAGAGGAGCCGAGUCGCCAGGAUGCUGUGAGAAAAGGUCGAGAGGGCGACCGAGGAACAUUCCAGAAGUAACGAGGGGGCCUGGCGUGAAUGGGAGCGUGUACUGGACUCGGCCGGCACUGCAAGUGCGAAGAUGGACCCUGCUAGAUCUUCCAUGUACUGGAAUGGGCUGCAGCGAAGAUGUGUGUUGCGAUGGUGAUUAUUCACACUAAAACACUGGAAAAAAAGAAGGGUGUCGAUGAUGUAACGUCCAAAGAGUCAACCUUGGAGCUGCGCCAGCCGUCAACCAUGAGCCAGGGAACGGCCCUCUUCUCCUGCGGAAUCAUGGAGGCGGGCCGGUGGCCGGAUGUUAGCCGUAGCUUUGGGGUCCGACAGAGGCCGGUGGGCUCUAGUCUGGAGAGCCUGUGGGAUGUCCUGCCGGAAGCCGGUGCGGCAGGGAACAUCAGCGGCCUGCUGCGGGACCUCAGCCUCAGCGAAACGGCGAACGCCACCACCGCACCGCCCAGCAAGCGGCAGUGCAGGUCCCUCUCCUGCUCGGACGAGCCGGCCUGCCGGUCUCCGUGGCGACCGCAGGGUUCUCGGGUGUGGACGACAGUGGAGAAGCGGCGCUGCCACAGCGGGGGCAGCGUCCAGCGCGGGUCCACCUUGUCUUCGUCCGCGUUCACUCAGAGCGGCUUCGCCGGCAUGCAGCGCAGCUCCAGCUUCAGCCUCCCCACCCGCUCUGACCUGCUGGAGCUGCCGGCUUUUGGCACCCUCCAGCGGCAGGCUUUCACUCCGUUCUCCACCGCAGUCUCCGAAACCCCCCACUACCUCUCUCACGAACAGAUCUGCCUGGCUGAGCCCAGCGGAGGACCCUCCGAGGCCAGUUCCCCAGAAUCCACCCCGGAGCUGGACCGCCGGGCCGGGCAGGGUGGGCUCUCCCGCAGCCGCUCUCAGCCUUGCGUCCUCAACGACAAGAAAAUCGGAGUGAAACGCCGCAGACCUGCCGACUCACACAAACACAGGCCCUCUCUGGACCUGGCUAAGAUGACCCAGAAACAGAAUUUCCAGAGCCUCAGCUGUCCUGGCUUUACCGGUGACGACUGCUGCCAAUCAAGCCAAACCCCACCCUCAGUCAGGAGCCCUGCCCACCAGAACGACAUCCCGCCCACUUCCUCUGCGUGUGACCAGGGGGUGGAACCUCGGCACAGCCCCAAAGAGGCCUCAACUGUCAUCGACGAAUCAGAUGGAGGCAUCUCUGGGUGCGUGGACUGGACGGCCAACGGGAAGGAAUUGGAGCCUCCAUGGGCGGGGCUUUGCGGACUGAGGAGGGACGUGCUGGGCGGAGAGCUCGAUAUCGAGCAGAUUGAGAGAAACUGAGAGAAAAUUAAACGGACCAGAUAGAAACUGCAAGAAAUUAGAUAUUCAAGUGAAAGUCUGUUAAACAGUGGAUAAUAUAUCUAAUAUUCAAAAUAUUGUAUGAUUAUUUUAAUUGUUUAUGUAUUUUUGUGGGUUUUUUCAUUUAGUUACUGAAUAACAAGCCUUAGGAAACUUGCACACACAGAUACCAAGGAGUUAAAUUAGAUGUCUCUAAAAAAAAGUCUAAAAGUAAGUUAAAUGAUAAUCUUCUUGAAUUCUUAUAGUACGAAAUAUUAAAUAUGUUACCCACAUCUAAGCUAAUUUCACUUGUCAACAUCUACACUUCUUGCAGUGUUGUUGGUUCCAAUGCUCUUUGAAGACGUCUCCUCUCCUGGCAUUGUCUUGUCAGUAGCGCUGGUCUAAUGGCCUGGAUUUGGAUUUUUGUUGAUCCAGUGAUUUUCCUGUUUUGCGCUGUUGGAUCAGAGGGGAGUACCAGGGUUGACGUAUUUUCGGAGUUUUGGAGCGAGACUCAGGAGAAACGAACGCUUAUGCAAGUUGCAAGUGGAACUGUGGGACAUUAGGACGACUCAGGUUGAAACUUAAAGCGAUAGUUAAGCAGAAAAAUCGGAUUUACACAAUACGGAUUUCCCAUUUAAGUGCAGUCGAUCAGCUGAGACGACGUGGAGUAUGUUUGUGUGGAGUUCAAUUCUAUAUAUGUUUGCACUGGAGCUACGAGGCUGCUGCAGUUCAUUAAGGAAAUAUAAACACUAAGUAUGUACAUUCAUUUUACAUCAGUUGAGUGCAUCUUCAGCUCACAGAGAUAAGUCUGGGGCUUCUAACCAGAGAUUCUAUACAUUUAUACAUACAUUAUCUGAACUGAUAAUACAUUCACAGCACAUAUAGCAGUUCUAAUAGCCUGUGCUAUUACAAUCUAAUGGAACAUAUGUAGCCUAUUUUCUUGAAAUGUUGUAUUGUGUUAUGUGUAGAGAAGAUAUAUCAAUAUGGAUAAGUGUAGAUGGGUAUGGAUGAAGGUUUGUGUAGAGAUGGAUAUGAGAAAGUAUGAGUAUGGUUAAGGAUAUACAGCUCUGGGGGAAAAAAAAAAUAAGAGACCACUUCAGUUUCUGAAUCAGUUUCUUUGAAAAUUUUGCUAUUUAUAGGUAAAUGUUUGAGUAAAAUUAACAUAAUUGUUUUGUUCUAUAAACUACAGACAACAGUAGAGCAUUAGAACAGUAGAGUAAUUUAGAGCAUUUAUUUGCAUGAAAUGAGAAAUGGCUGAAAUAAAAAAAAAAGAUGCAGAGCUUUCAGACCUCAAAUAAUGCAAAGGAAUAUUUGGUAGAAUAAACCUGAUUUUAAUCACAGUUUUCAUGCAUCUUGGCAUCAUGUUCUCCUCCACCAGUCUUACACACUGCUUUUGAAUAACUUUAUGCCUUUACUCCUGGUGCAAAAAUUCAAACAGUUCAGCUCGGUUUGAUGGCUUGUGAUCGUCCAUUUUCAUUUUGAUUAUAUUCCAGAGGUUUUCAAUUUGGUAAAAUCAAAGAAACUCAUAAUUAUUAAGUGUUCUUUUAUAUUUUUUUUCCAGAGCUGUAUAUAAGUAUGGGAGAGUAUAGGUGAAUUUGGAUAGGAAAUAAGGAAAGUGAGUAUGUAUGAGUAUAGUGGAGUUAGUAGUAUGGGAUAGUAUUGUGAGUGGAUGGCUAUAAAUGAGUAUGGAUAUAGGAGCAUUGGUAGGUAUAGGGGUAUGAGGAAAAAACUAUAGUAUGAUUGAGUAUGGCUGGGUUUGACUGAGUAUUGGUAAGUAUGUAUGGUUAUAGGGUGAGUUUGUAUAGAUAUAGGAGAGUAUGCUUAUGGAUGGGCAUAGAUGAUUAGCUGUUUUUAAGAACUUUAUACAAGAUAAUGUUAAUGUGCUGUAUAUUAUAAAGUAAUAAAGAACAAAUACUGGAUCAGUAUCAGCCAAUACUCAGAAAACUACUGUUGGGGUGAGUUCUGGAGGUGGUCAUCCAACAUCUUCCUAACCUUACUAACAUUUUUCUUGCUGAAAGCAAUCAAAUACUUGCAGCAGAGCUCCAAAGUCUAAUAAAAAAGCCUUCUCUGUAGAGAUGAGACAGUUACUCCAACAAAAGCUGAAUUAACUGAUUUUUUUUUAAUAUCCUAAAACUAUUCAUAAGCUUGUGUUCCAAUACUUGUUAAUUUCAUCCAUAUAGUGUAUAUUAGCCUCGCAGCUCCAGUGCAAAUCUUAAGAAGUAAACUUCAGGACAUGACUAUGCUGAUGGACUGUACUGUAGUUGAUGUACAAGGAUAAACUGUACUGUAAAUUUGAUUCUUUCUGCCAAACUUGAAGGACUUUCGGAACGUCAGUUUUUUUUUUUUUUUUUUAGAAACAGAGCGUAACGUGGCAGAAACGUCUGUGGUAGAUGCUCUGGAUCACAGCUACACUCUGAUCGGUUGGACUGGCGGACUGGCGGAUGGAGAUUUUGUAGCUUUUUUUGUUUUUUCUUCGUAGAGAACGUGGAGCGUAUAAGCGCAGCACUGCGUUCUCAGAGCGUUACAUGUAGCCUGACUGCCUGUCUGUGCUGUAUGAGGAGUGAACGGAUGACGUUUUUUUUUUUUUUUUUUUUUUUUCUCUUUUAGGGCUGUACACAUUCUCUACUCCGUUCAUUCCGAGAGUACAUGGCAUCACCGCAUCACGAGAAAAUAAAGAUAAAGGACUUUGAGAACUGCGUGCAGAGGCUGUGCACUCCUACGAUGGAGUUGGACUUACUAUUGAACUCUUACACACACACACACACACACAUUCACACUGCAUCUCACGUACACACACACAUGCGUACACACACACACUCACACUCUCACCCUGCACGCACACAUGCGCUUCGUGAAAGCGUAAAGCUUAAAGGGCUUCAGGUUUUAACACUGAAUGGUCAUUUCAGUCGACUGAGUUCCCCCUCCCUCUUCCAGCUAAUAGAGUUUAAUUCUGUUUUUACGACGUGUAACUACGAAAGGUGAAGCAAAAUGUACUUAUUUCUAUACAAAUAAACACUGUUUAAAAUGUGUUUUUAAA